AAAGCAGUUAAUUGAAUUGAUACAGGCACCCUCCCCUGUGUUUAACCCCCUUCUUCCCCCUGUGUUUAACAUGGAGCAAACCGAGGAGCCCGGCACGAUGCCUCUGAACUCAGGAGACACCAGGUACGGCAGCGUGGCGGGCCCCGGGCUGGCGGCCAACCUGGGCGGCUCGGAGGCGGCCCCGCUGCUCAUCCCGGAGCCUGAACCUGACCCGGAGCCCGUCCAGCGGUGGCAGCCCCUGACCAGGGAGGAGCUGGGUCGCAGCGGGGGUCCCGGGUGGAGGAAGGCGCGCUGUUACCUGGUGGUGCUGUUCUGGCUGGCCUGGCUGGCCAUGCUCGCCAUCUCCAUCGCCAUCAUAGUCAUGAGCCCCAAGCCGGUCGAAACGCCGCUCAAGUGGUGGCAGAAGUCUCUGUUCUACCAGCUGGAGCCUGAACUGCUCACGGAGGAGCAAGCCGACGGGUCAGGGGGCAUCGAUGCGCUGUGUGAGCAGCUGCCCUACCUCAGGUCCCUGGGUAUAGGAGCCCUAAUCCUGGAGGGUCUGUUCGACAGGAAGGCCUCUCCUUUAAACCUCAAUGCAACUGGUGAAAGAUUUGGGACCUUGCCGCAGAUCCAGCAUCUGCUUGCAGAGAGCAUCAAAGCAGAUCUCAAAGUGGUGUUGGACGUCUGUGAAGUGGAUCUAUUGGGACCUCAGGAUGUAACGGGAAACACAGACAAGACAUCAAACUUCUCAGCCACAGUACAUCAUGCACUUCGGUUCUGGCUGGAGCAAGGUGCCACAGGCUUUGCAAUCUGCGACACAGAUGCAGCAUAUUCAGAAAAGACUCUCCUGGAGUGGAAAGGUGUCUUCAAAGAAUUCAGCAGUGAGGGCAAGGAAAGGAUUGUGGUGGUAAAACAGACGAGAGACUUUCUGCCUCCUCUAAAGUCCUUCAGCCAAGACAAUGUUACGCUGGUAGAUAUGGUCAUGAGGUCAAUUCUGCCAUCUUCACAACACCUCCUGUCUGCUAAGGAAGUCGCUGAUGCCAUAGAGACACACCUGCAAACAGGAGAAGAAGACAUAUGGCCCAGCUGGACAGUUCAAGGUAAAGCAUCCGUUGACCUGAAGAAAUUACUCCUGGUGUUGGUGAUGACUCUGCCAGGGUCACCUGCAGUCCAGUAUGACGAAGACAUCGACCAAACACAGAAUGUGCCUCUGAAAGUCAACUCGUUACAUGGACACACAAACAAAUCAUCAGACACCUAUACUGACAAGGAGAAGAAGCGUUCAGCUGCAGCUCUCUUCUCCACCCUCAGUCACUCCAGAGCCAGAGAAGAAGCUCUUCAGUUUGGCAGUUUCACUUUCCUCCCCUUCAAUUCUUCCACCAACUCCUCCUCUUCCUCCUCUAACUCCACUCUUCCCUCUCCUUCAUCCCCCCCGAUCCUGGCCUUCUUGCGCUCCUGGGGUUGCGUCCACUUCCUCAUUCUGCUCAACGUCGGGCCCGAGCCUCAUGCCCUGGAUCCCGCCUGGGCCCCGAGCCUGCCCAAAGCUGGAGUCUUUGUGACCAACACGGGACUGGACCGCUUGGGGUCGACAAAUCUGGACACAUUGGAACUGCGGCCCCACGAAGCCAUCGUCAUCAAACUGUUUGAGGCAGGGAGCUACUCGUAGAGCUUAGAGCAGUCAAUUGUGAUGAGAUUUAGCUAUCUGGAUUUGAGUUUUCCUCUCACAGAGUGACAAAAGUCUGACACAAUCGUUUAUUUUUAAAGGGGUGAUUGUAUUGGCUCGGGGUCAUCAUGUAGAGACAAGCUGUGAGAAACCGUUGAAGUGGGGCUUUAAGCAGUAUCUUAUGUUUGUAUACCAUAAUAAAAAAAACUGAAUUAUUCACAUUUUCAGUGAUGACAGACUUUUGAUGAAACAGUUUGUUGAAAAACAUGUUGGGAUAAAAUAACAUGUAAAUAGACUGUACUAUAGUUGUAUUUUUUUUGUGUAUAAAUGGUGAAACCAUUAGUGACUCACUAAAGAUAUAACAGAUUUAGACUUAAUUUAUAUGAUAAUAAGUGAUAUAGUUGCAUUAGUGCCGGGGAAAAGAGAGGAUGGUGUGCAUGUGGGUCGAAGUUUGUUUAAA